CGAAUUAAAAUGCUUUUAAUGGAACUCUUCAUAUUCCUUUUAUCUGUGACUUCAGCAGUUGGGUAUACAUGUGAUAGUACAGCAAACGUUUGUGAGACGUCGCUUGUUAUUGAGCACUACUUAACAAUGACCAGUGCUGCAAACAGGGCCGUGUAUCCAAAACAAGGGAAACUGUACGACUACAGAGUGACAAAUAUUUCUCAAGCCGAGCCCGUUCCUUUGAGCGAAAUAGUAACAGGGGAUGGAUGGGAGUCUAAACGUCUCAUAGUGGUCGCCAAUAGAACACUUCCAGGACCUGAUAUUAUCGUUUACGAGGGACAAACUGUUAUCAUAAGAGUAAAGAACCAGUUACAUUCCGACGCCAUCACGAUUCACUGGCACGGAGUGCCUCAAGAAGGAUCACCGUACAUGGAUGGAGUUCCCUUUGUAUCACAAUGUCCCAUUGAAGCCGGACAAACAUUCACGUACAAGUUCAAGGCCCAUCCGGCAGGGACAUUUUGGUACCAUUCUCACUCAGGAGCCCAGCGUGUCGAAGGUUUAUUGGGAGCUUUUGUCAUUCGUAAAAAAGAACCAAACCCCCUUCCAGAGCACAUCCUCCAAAUCAUGGAAUGGAAUCAUGAUUGGGAUGCCAAUAAAGGAUUUCAGUUGAUGACUUACGGGAUCAUCGAGAAUAGAACUAAAUAUGCACCUUCCCAAUCCCUCGACGGUAGUUACUUUAGUCUUUUUAAGGCGGACGCAGGGUUGAUCAAUGGUAGGGGGCGCUACUAUUCAGAUCCAGAUAAUGGUAUUCACAAUGAAGCUCCACUAGAAGUUUUCAAUGUGACCCUAGGGUCAACUUACCGCUUUCGUGUGAUCGGAGUGGGAGGUCUUUAUCCAUUCAGAGUGUCUGUAGAUGAUCACGUGAUUACUAUCAUAGAGUCUGAUGGAUACCCCGUUCAACCAAAGACAGUCGAGUCUUUUGUUGUUAAUCCUGGUGAGCGCUUUGACUUCAUUCUGGAAGCGAAUCAGACGAUUGACAAUUAUUGGAUACGUGGGAAGACUCUCGAAAGAAUACCACGGACGACAGUAGCGAAAGCUAUUUUACGAUAUGAUGGAGCUCCUGUGGAAGAACCCAAAACUAAUCGAAAACAGUGCACGGCAGGGAACAAAUGCUCUGUUUUAAACUGUCCAUUUACUUACUUUCCUCAAGAUGAACACACAGAAUGCAUCCGCUUUGAUACACUUCGUUCAACUGCGACCGAUGAUCCAGCACCGCCAUUUGUUAAAGGAAAAUUCAAGGAAUACUUCCUGAAUUAUGCCUUUCCCGGCACUGAUAGAUUUCCUGGAUCUGUAAAUGGGAGAUCAUUGGUAUUUCCAACUGUGUCUGGUGUUUCACAACCAAAGGAAAUAACAAGAUCAUGUGAUGAGGCUGGAUGCGGUGAACAAAAAUUAUGUAGUUGUUCAUAUUCCCUAGAUCUUGAUCAUGGUGAUACAAUUCAAAUGGUCCUCUUAAACAUGGGUGUAGGCCGUGGAUGGGCCCAUCCAGUACAUAUGCAUGGACAUUCAUUCUAUGUUUUGAAGAUGGGAUACGCAGAUUACAACCAGACAACUGGCCAGUUUAUAGCAGUUAAUGCAGACAUCGACUGUAGAGGGGGAGUUCCAGUGGACAAAAGCUUCUGUAAUGAAGCAACUUGGAGUGAUCAGUCUUGGUUAAACGGAAAUGUUCCUGGUUUAGAACUUCAAAAUCCACCGCGCAAGGAUACAAUUAUAGUCCCCAGUGGGGGCUACGUUGUGGUCAGAAUUAAGGCCGAUAACCCUGGAUUGUGGAUCAUGCAUUGUCAUAUUGAACUUCACUCUUCCGAUGGAAUGGCUAUGCUGCUCAAUGAAUCUUUUCCAAACCUCCCCAAAAUCCCGCCAAAUUUUCCUACUUGCGGAAAUUUUGAAGUUGAUGCUUCUGAAAUUGUCGCAAUCCCCGAGGAAGAAGACACCAUUCCGCACCUGAGGUUCUAUAUAAUUAUCGGUGUUUUGGCGGGAAUCAUUUUACUACAGUUUGUGGUAAUCAUAGGCAUGCGCUGUUCAGCUAGGAGGUCUGGAGAAAGCAACGAAGCAACAUUUUCAAAUGGUGUCACAAAUACAGGUUUUAAAUGAGAGAGAGAGAGAGAGAAACGGAGAGAGAGAGAGAGAGAAAGGGGGAGAGAGAGAGAGAAAGAGUGCGCGUAAAACUAUAAUUUUGCCAGUGAAAGGGAAAAACCUAUAUGUUUGUACAAUUUCUACUUUAAUUUGAUUUGUAUUUAAGAUUAGAGUAAUAGGGCCUAAUUGGUCAAUGUCUAGUAUUUUAGUGUUGGCUUGUAAAAAGCUUCUAUACAGUAGAACACUUGUACAUGUAUGUAUUACGCAACGGGUGAGGGAUCUGUGAUAUAUUUUUACAAUAAACGGAUAUAAUCAAGAAAUGUAUACUAUAUUUUGUAGAAUUCUUUUUUUUGUAUAAGUUUUAUAUUUUUAACUUUUAUACAUUAUUUUAGAUGAGAGCAAACUAUUGCUUAUUGCUGUAUGGUUGCUCGAUGAUUUAUACAGUGUACGAGAACAUGUAUUUUUAUACUUUAAGUGGGCCAUUGAUUCUUCCAACGUUUUUCAGCAUGUUCCUAGGUCUGAUUAUAUAUGUCUGCUAUGUUUUUGCUAUUCUGGUGUGGGUUUUUUUUCCCCCAAAAAAUCAUUUGGUCGGUUCCAAUUUAAGCGCAAAAUGUCCUUUGAAGAAAGAUGGAAAUAAGAUUUAAAAUUGCUUUUUUUUCAAUAUCACUUAUUUAUGAGAAAAAUAACGAUCAUUGAAAUCUUUUCUAUUCAUGAUUAAAUAAACAGUAAUUGUUGUAAUGUACAUGUACAUAUCACGUCAUCCUCACUGGGUUAAAUUUUGUACAAACCCGGUCGGAAACUCAUUGCCAUAGAUUUAAAUGAUAUGCAUUGUUUCUGUAUUGCCUUAAGUAUUUUUUCAGAGAUAUUUAUUUUAUGGACAAUUGUUAUAAUAAAUUAACAUGUAUGUCAGAAAAUUGUUUACUUAUUUGAAUGUUUUUUUUUCAUUGAAAGGAAGGCUUUUAAUACCUGAUUCUUCACAGUGGCUGACUAUUUUGAGAUUCCUUAUUGUGCUUUGAAAACCUGCAAAAUUAAAAACAAGAGGCCCAGAGGCCACAUUGCUCACCUGAG